AUGCACGUUCUGGUGGUCAUCUGUCACCUAAACCAAGGCUCCUUCACGCACGCCGUCGCCGAGGAGGUCGUUAAGGGAGUGCAGAGCGAGGGCCAUUCUACGAAAGUCGUUGACCUAUACAAAGAUGGCUUCCAGCCGGUCUUCACACCUCGGGACUGGGAGCAGUUUGAUGGCGUUCCGAUGACGGAGGAUGUACUCGAGCAACAACGUUUCGUGGAAGAGUCGGAUGCUAUCUUUAUCGUGUUUCCGAUUUGGUGGUACGGGAUGCCAGCCAUGCUCAAGGGCUGGCUCGACAGGGUCUGGUCGGCUGGAUGGUGCUACAAAUCCGAACGAAACCCUGAGGGCACUCUACUACCUCACCGGCCAUGCACGGUCUUCGCCUUGGCAGGAGCAAGUUCGAAUCAGUUACACCGAUGGGGUUACGACAAUCACAUGCUUCAUCUUUGGCGAUACGGCGUUUUCGGCUAUUGUGGGUUCGAGCCUCUCAGAAUCUCAAUUCUGGAUGAUUGUUCCUACGCUGAGUUUGGGAAGCACGCCGGACACUUGCGGACAGCGUAUGAAGCGGGACAGAAAAUCGGCCGUGAUCCUGAAGCCCUGCCGGGUAUCAAGCCGUUUCUAGACAAAGGCCUCAACAUCAAAGGCGAAAGGCAUGUCGAAGAAUGA